UGUUCAAGGUAACUACAGGUUGACUUGCUGGUGUGAAACACGUGUGUCUCUUGCAGGGCCGCGAUGGGCAUCCUGGAAUAUCGGUGUAUUCAUCUGUAUACGUUGUGCUGGGAUCCACAGGAAUCUAGGAGUUCAUAUAUCCAGGGUAAAAUCAGUCAAUCUUGACCAGUGGACACAAGAACAGAUACAGUGCAUGCAGGAGAUGGGAAAUGGAAAAGCAAAUCGUCUUUAUGAAGCCUACCUGCCAGAGAACUUCAGGCGACCUCAAACAGAUCAAGCUGUGGAGGGCUUCAUUCGAGAUAAAUACGAAAAGAAGAAAUACAUGGACCGAAGUAUUGACAUCAAUGUAUUUAGGAAAGAAAAGGAUGAUAAAUGGAAAAGGAGUAAUGAGCAAGUAUCAGAAAGAAAACUGGAACCUAUAAUCUUUGAGAAAGUGAAAAUGCCUCAAAAGAAAGAAGAAACGCAGCUGUCUAGAAAAAGUUCUCCUAAAUCUACUGAACCAGUAAUGGAUUUGCUAGGACUUGAUGCUCCUGUGGCAACCGCCGUUCCAAAUGGCAGGCCUAGCAGUUUAGAGAAGGAUCUUGAUCUCUUUGCAUCCGUGGGAUCAAACUCGGACUCCAGGAAGGUCACUGGUUCCAUGCCUACGUCUGGAAGUGCUGGUUCCGUUCCUGAAAACUUGAAUCUCUUCCCUGAGCCAGGAAGCAAAGGGGAGGAAGCAGGGAAGAAGCAGCUCUCGAAAGACUCUAUCCUGUCCUUGUAUGGCUCUCAAACACCUCAGCUGCCCGCACAAGGAGCGAUGUUCAUGGCUCCCGCGCAGAUGGCGUAUCCCGCAGCAGCCUAUCCCGCCUUCCCAGGAGUAGCCCCUUCCAGCAGCAUGAUGGGCGGCAUGAUGGCCCCGUCGGUGGGAAUGGUGGCCCAGCCUGGAGCGGCAGGGAUGGUGGCUCCCAUGGCCAUACCGGCCGGCUACGUGGGGAACAUGCAGGCGGCCGUCAUCGGGGUGCCCAACGGGAUGAUGGCCGCGCAGCAGCCGGGCUACGUGGCCGGCGUGGCCGCGGUUCCGCAGCCCGUCUACGGCGUGCAGCCCGCGCAGCAGCUGCAGUGGAACAUCGCCCAGAUGACCCAGCAGAUGGCUGGGAUGAACUUCUAUGGAGCUAAUGGCGUGAUGGGAUAUGGACAGUCAAUGGGCGGAGGAAGUGCCCAGGGAAGCAAUCAGUCCCUCAGCACUCAGAUGUGGAAAUAAUCCCUUGCGUUGUGACCGUUUUUUGCCUUCUGUUCUGUUCUUCAAAACUGCUCCAUGAGACAUUCAGGGUUUUUCUUUCUGGCUGGCUGCCCAGCCCGAACCUCUUUCCAUAACUGAGACCCAUCUCUGCCUUUUUUUUACUGUCAGACACGGUGAAACCUCAGUGACCAGAACAUGAGCUCCCCUGUACUCUAGCACAGUCAAUGCACACUCCUGGGGCGGACCCCUUCUUGCACAAACCUCCACUAAUGCUUCUGGGUAGCACUUAAUGUCCUGCUGGGUGUCUUAGCGGAGGUGACUUGAAGAAUUUGGAAAAUUGGGACUUAAUACUGCCUGUUCCUUCAGGCCUUUUGGGAAUCACUUAAUCUCUAGUAUUAGUAGGGGCUCUGGUUAGCAAAGGGGUGGAAAUGUUGUUUGGUGCU